AUGUCAGAAGUCGCGGAAGUUGUUCCAAAAAUAAUAGAAAAAAUCUUCUCUGAAGUUCCCGAACCUUUCAAAAAUUUCAAUGUCACCAUUAAACCUCUCAAAAAUUCAAGAAGUUUCUGGUCAGAAUGCUACCAAAUAAUAGUGAAAUCGAAUUCAGAAGAGUUUGAGAAUAGAGUGGUGUCUCCACUUUUUGUAAAGAUUCCACGUAUUUCGGCUGUAAAUCUUGCAUGCGAUCCGGAUAAUGCUGAAGAGAAUACUCAAAUUCUUCAAGCGCUCACUGCGAGAGAAAUACAAUUCUAUAAAGACUUCAAAACCAUUAAUUUUCCUGGAUUCCCAUUUCCCCGUUUCUAUUAUGGAGAGUCUUUUGAAAACGAGUCAAUGACUGGAUUAGCUUGUGAAGAUUUCUCUGGAAUAGGGGCUUCGAUUGACUUUGUUCCAGGAUUUGAUGCCGGUCAAACACUUCAACUGAUGGAAUCUCUCGCUCAAUUUCAUGCUAAAACAAUCCAAAUAAGUGAAGAGAUUCAAUUGGAUAAGUACACAAAUGAUUUAUAUGAUCAGAAAUGGAUGAGAAUGUUGUACAAUGAUACAUUGGACUUCGAGAAACUGGUUCCCGAGAAGUUGGUGGGGAGAAUUCAAGCAGUGAAACAUGCUUUCGAUGAGGAUUCAGUUCAAAAAUCAGAUGAAUUGAACAGAGAAUCGGGAAUGCCAUUUGUGAUUGUUCAUAAUGAUUUGAAUACAUCUAACAUUUUAUGGAAUACUGAAACGGGAAGAAUUCAAGCAUUCAUAGAUUUCCAACAUGUAUCGAAAGGAGCUGUGACACAUGAUAUCAUCCGAAUUUUCUGUCUCGGAUUAUCAGUGAAGAAUAGAAAGGAAAAUACGGAUAGAUACCUCCGGCAUUACUAUGACAUCUUCAAGCAACAAUUCCCUGAGUCAAAAAUCCCAUUCACAUUUGAUCAACUCAAACAAUCAUAUUCUGAUCAUUUUAACUAUAUAAAUGCGACGUCACUCUUCAGUUUGACCUACUACUACAAAAUGUACAAAGACGAGUCAUUGGAUAUGAAGGAAGAACCGAAAGAAAGAGAAGAGAAGGCAGAAGAGAUUUUGAGUCGAGCCAUUGGGAUUCUGGAUGAUAUUACCAUGCAAUGA